AUGGUUCACUCAAAAAGAGAUUGUACGAGACAGUUAGGUUUAUUGUCCCUACAAAACUGUACAGCUGUUAUUCGAAUGCUUGUGUAUGGGGUAGCGGCGGACUCGCUUGACGAAUAUGUGCGAAUUCGUGGAAGCAUAACUCGAAUAGCAUUAAUAAAAUUCACAAAGGGGGUUAUCAACCAAUUUGGUGUCGAGUACUUGAGACAGCCUACUCCAAAUGAUUUGGCUAGACUACUCAGAUUCGGUGAAGAACAUGGAUUCCUUGGCAUGAUCGGCAACAUAGAUUGUAUGCAUUGGGAAUGGAAAAAAUGUCUGUUGGCAUGGAAAGGACAAUAUCAAGGAAGAACUGGUGUUGCUACUUUAGUUCUUGAAGCUGUUAAUGAUCGUGACUUAUGGAUAUGGCAUUCUUGCAAUGACCUAAAUGUUCUUCACCGAUCUCCUGUGUUUAGGGAUUUUUAG